GCGUCUGACCUCACCUUCCACAAUGUACCAUAAUAGUAGCCAGAAGCGGCACUGGACUUUCGCCAGUGAAGAGCAAAUAGCACGACUUCGGGCCGACGCCAAUCGCAAAUUUAAAUGCAAAGCGGUGGCGAACGGGAAGGUUCUUCCAAAUGAUCCAGUCUUUCUUGAGACUCAUGAAGAAAUGAUCCUCUGCAAAUACUAUGAGAAAAGAUUACUGGAAUUCUGUUCGGUAUUUAAGCCAGCAAUGCCAAGGUCUGUUGUGGGUACAGCAUGUAUGUAUUUCAAAAGAUUCUAUCUUAAUAACUCAGUAAUGGAAUAUCACCCUCGCAUAAUAAUGCUCACUUGUGCAUUUCUAGCCUGUAAAGUAGAUGAAUUCAAUGUAUCUAGUCCACAGUUUGUUGGAAACCUUAGAGAGAGUCCUCUAGGGCAGGAAAAGGCACUUGAACAGAUACUGGAAUAUGAACUACUACUUAUACAGCAACUUAAUUUCCACCUUAUUGUUCACAAUCCAUAUAGACCAUUCGAGGGCUUCCUUAUUGAUUUAAAGACUCGUUAUCCCAUGUUGGAGAACCCAGAAAUUUUGAGGAAAACAGCUGAUGACUUUCUUAAUAGAGUGGCAUUGACAGAUGCUUACCUUUUAUACACACCUUCCCAAAUUGCCUUGACUGCCAUUUUAUCGAGUGCCUCAAGGGCUGGAAUUACCAUGGAAAGCUAUUUAUCAGAGUGCCUUAUGCUGAAAGAUAACAGAACUUGCUUGUCACAGUUACUAGAUAUAAUGAAAAAUAUGAGAAACUUGGUGAAAAAGUAUGAGCCACCGAGAACUGAAGAAGUUGCUGCUUUGAAACAAAAGUUGGAGAGGUGUCACUCUACUGAGCUUGCACUUAAUGUAAUUACGAAGAAGAGGAAAGGCUAUGAAGAUGAUGAUUAUGUUUCAAAGAAAUCUAGACAUGAGGAGGAAGAAUGGACUGAUGAUGACCUGAUUGAUGCUCUGUAACCAUCUGAAGGUGAUUUCAGUGCUAAACUACCAAGAGGACAAGGAAGCAUACCCAUUUAAUUUAAUUUUGAAAGUAUAAUGUGAAA